UUGAUAAUGAAUGUGGCGGUGGUAGGGGUAAUUUUAGGUUAUGUAACCAGCUGGACGACUACAUCGCUGGAGUACCGCUCCGCGGUUCAGUAACAGUCAGUGCCUUCCAGAUUGCGGUUCUGUUGGAUUGGCGCCUUCUCGACAUGGACGGGAAAAAGAUUGAACUUCAUAUGCACCUGGACUCAGCGUGGCGUUACUCCACAUUGUGGGAGCUAGCACAGAAACGGAACAUAAAGCUGCCAGGCGUCGAGAGUGUAGAAGACAUGAGAAAACUUUGUGUGACUGACAAACCCCAGGGACUCAGCCACUUCUUGAAGCCUCACAAACUCAUCGCUCCUAUAUACCACGCGAACAUGGACGGCUACGAGCGCCUGGCCUAUGAGUACUGCGAGGACGUGGCCAAGGCUGGUGUGAUCUACGCUGAGGUCAGGCUGGUGCCUCACCGCUGCUUCAGUCCAGACCAGCAGAAGCAGUUGGGGUACGAUGGGCUGGUCGAGGCGGUGAAGAGGGUGUCCCACGGCCUGACGAGGGCUGAGAAGGAUCUGAAUAUCAAGACCAAGAUCAUCCUGACAGCUAUGCAAGGCCACCCCCACUGGAGCAUUCAGGAGACCCUGAGGCUGUGCCAGAACCACUGGGACUUGGGGGUGGUGGGAUUGGACCUCUGCACUUGGCAACCAGAAGACUCCAGAGUCGACGAGGCACCCGUGGUGGAGGAAGUUCAGCACCUGAUGGACGAGGCGAGGAAGUCAUCCAUCUACCGGACCAUCCAUGCCGGGGAGGUCAGCGGUCCUGCUGCUAUAGACAGGGCGGCGUACAAGCUGCAGAGUGACCGAGUAGGCCACGGCUACCACGUUGUUCAAGACGAGAAGUUGUACGCUCGGUGUCGCCGAGACAGGAUUCAUUUCGAGUGUUGCCCGUACUCCAGCUUCUUGACCGCUGCUGUGCCUCCCAACUGCGCCAAACACCCCAUCCUCAGAUUUGCUGAGGAUGGAGUGAAUUUCUCGCUGAGUUCUGACGACCCGACCUUGACCGGAAAUUACGUCGACGGGGACUACAAACUCGCCAGGAGUUUCGGACUCACGGAUCAGCACCUAGCUCAAGCUGUAAGUGUAGCUUCUAGCUAG